GGUUUUCUCCAUCCGACAGACCGUCCACUCCUCCCAGUCUCCACCCCUCUAGACUGCGGGCAGGCAUGGCGGCUAUCGAGACACGGGAAUGCGAAACAGAAGGCUGUAGCAGCGAGGCCAAACUUCAAUGUCCAACCUGUAUCAAGCUCGGGAUCCAAGGCUCAUACUUUUGCUCUCAGGAGUGCUUCAAAGGGAGCUGGGCUACUCACAAGCAGAUGCACAAAAAAGCAAAGGAGGAUAAGAACCAGGAUGAGGCAAAGAACUGCGUGGAGAACGACACCAACACAGACCCAUGGCCUGGCUACCGCUACACGGGCAGACUACGCCCUCACUACCCACUCACUCCCAUGAGGCAUGUCCCCGGUAACAUCGAAAGACCUGACUAUGCCGACCAUCCACUAGGCAUGUCUGAGUCGGAGCAGUCUUUGAAGGGCACUUCACAGAUCAAGAUCCUUUCUGCCGAAGACAUAGAAGGCAUGACAGUUGUGUGUAAGCUGGCCCGAGAGGUGCUUGACAUCGCCGCCCUGAUGGUAAAACCUGGCAUGACCACGGAGGAGAUUGACUACACUGUGCAUCUGGCCUGCACAGCCAGAAACUGUUACCCCUCCCCUCUCAACUACUAUAACUUCCCCAAGUCCUGCUGCACGUCAGUCAACGAGGUCAUCUGCCACGGCAUCCCAGACAGGAGACCUCUGGUGGAUGGGGAUAUCCUCAACGUGGAUAUUACUGUGUACCACAAUGGUUUUCACGGAGACCUCAACGAGACCUUCUUCGUUGGGGAGGCAGAUGAAGGGGCAAAAAAACUUGUCCAGACCACCUUCGAAUGCCUUAUGCAAGCCAUCGACUCCGUGAAGCCAGGUAUCCGCUACAGGGAGCUUGGUAACAUCAUCCAGAAACAUGCCCAGGCUAACGGCUUCUCUGUGGUGCGGAGCUACUGUGGCCACGGCAUCCACAAACUGUUCCACACUGCUCCUAACGUGCCACACUAUGCCAAAAACAAAGCAGUCGGAGUGAUUAAGCCCGGCCAUGUAUUCACCAUCGAGCCCAUGAUCUGUGAAGGUGGUUGGCAGGAUGAGACGUGGCCUGAUGGUUGGACAGCAGUGACCCGGGACGGGAAGCGUUCGGCCCAGUUUGAGCACACCCUCCUGGUGACUGAGACGGGCUGUGACAUUCUGACGCGCCGGCUGGAUGACAACGGACGUCCCCACUUCCUGAACCAAAUCUAAACUGGGGGGGAACAGCAACAAAGGGACUGUCUCACGGGAUGCGUUCUCUUUUGCACCCCCGUCGUAUCACACACACACACACACACACACACACACACACACACACACACACACACACACACACACACACCUCUAACCUGAGGCACCACACCCCCUGGAGGCCCGACCCGCCCGCCUGCCGUGGCCCAGCUCUCACUGUUCAACGAAUUUACUGUCCUUCUCCAAAAUUAACGGAAAGUACUUGAAUACAUUUGAUAUCAACUGUGUGGAUUUUUUAUCUAGGCUGUUUUAAAAAAAGAAAUGUCUCAUCAGGAGAUAAAAAGGACAAAUAAGGGAAGUGUUUUCAUGAAAUGUGGCUUUGCGCAGUUGCAGGUUGAAUUCUUACCUUGAUUGUUAGCUUGGAUUCUGUUGAUGUGUAUAACGGAAGAGGCAUGGAAGGGAUCAGGCUUUAGUUUGACCCCAUGACUUUUAGACAUGUGCUACCUUACUGUAUUGCUUAAUUGAUAUCAAGGCAGCCGUGCUCCUAUUGACCGGCCAGAUGUGGCCAGGGAAGGGGAGCUGUUCAGCUCACCUGUAGUUUUCUGCUAAGGUGUGUAGUCCAGGUCUAUUCAAAUCUGGGCCCUGAGGUCUGCAGCACUGCUGGUUUUCUUUUUUCUCUGGGAGUGAACUAGUUUAGUAAUGUUUAAUUGAUUGACCAGAAUCCCUCACCUGGCAUCCCCUGGUCUGGUUUGAAUCUGGGUUGAAGUUGGCAGUGCUACGAACCCUGGGGUCUGGAUUGGACUUGUCCUGGUGCAGUGCGUUGAGCCUUAAUUUUUGUGAAUUAAGAAUGAGCAUGCUGGCUAAUGUCCAGGCAGCAUAUAUCCGUUAUUCCUCAGUCCAGUCAAUUGCUAUUUACCUUGGUAUGCUGUCGAUUUACUGGUGCGAGCAACAGUCUUGAGUCUCCAUUUCCAGUCUUUCCACAGUUUCUCUGCCACCUUUUUAUUUCUUCUAUGAUGGAGUGAUAAGCAGCUGUUGUGUAUGUGUUUUUUUUUGUUUUGAGUGUGAGGACUGUAUAAAUGCCAAAGGCUCUAUUGCAGCAGAAGUUUGGGUUUACCACAGACCUGUGAGUUAAUACCCGAUUCCAGAAUACUGUAUUAAAAUAGUAAUCAUUUGAAGUAUUAAUUGUUUUACAUUAGCUGGUAGUUCUGCAUUUGUUUUUCUUUUAUUGUACUUCCCAUAAUGUGCACAUUAUGGCAAUCUGACUCUGCAAAUGCAAUUCAUCUCAUUCAUUAGACUAGAUUCUUACUCCCAAUGCUAUGCGUAAUUAGCCUGGCGACGAGGUUCAAAUGAAAUUGACCAGUAAGACAAUCCUUUGAUUUAUUGUAUUAAAUUCAAAUUGAUAAAUAAGGAGUGAAAUUCCUUUCCUAGAAUUUCAUGACAACACAAAUACUGCAAAGUAAGAAGGGGGAAAGGAUGGUAAGGAUUUCCAAUUUAUAACCUUGUGGAAACAUACUAAAUGGAAAGCUGACUUUAAUGUGAUUUCUUCUGCAAUGCCUUACCAUUUCCCAGCAUGCAUUAAACCGAAGCCUUCUGAACUGCUCAAAGGGCAGUGUAUGGGUCACAAACUCA